CUGCCGCAGUGUGGUAAGCGCAAAACGGUACGAUCCGACUUCACGGACAAUCGUGCAUCUGCAGCUGCAACAACUUUUACGAAGUCGACAAUUUGGAAGCAUACUAACAUAUUCCCAGCAGCCACUGUGGAUAUAAGGAACAUUCCCAGUAAGAAGAUCUUCAUGGACAUGGAUCACUAAUCCAAUAUAAAAGAAGGAACCAUGGAUGUGACAGACCUUUUUUCCGCUGCAUCAAACGGUGACUGUGAAAAGAUCCACUCCCUGCUGGAAAAAGGGACGGAUGUUGAUGCCAAAGACGACCAUGGCUGUACAGCACUGCAUCAUGCUGCUAGGGUGGGGCAUUGUCCGGCUAUGGAGGUGUUGUUGGACAGUGGGUUGGGCGUUGACACAACUGAUCUAGAAGGUCGCACAGCACUGCAUUAUGCUAGUGAGGCAGGGCAUUGUGGUACUAUGAAGCUGCUGUUAAACAGAGGGGCGGACGUUGGUGCAACUGAUCAUAAAAAAGAGACAGCACUUCACCAGGCUGCAAAGUACAGCCACUGUGCUGCAAUCACCCUUCUUCUGGACCGGGGUGCACAUGUGAACAUGGCAAACAGUGAACACCAGUCAGCCCUACAUCUUGCUGCAAGUAGAGUUAUCAAUCAGAGUUCGGUAAUCAGAAAUGUUGUCGGGUGCGCAUGGUUCAUGGACACACAACUAUUGGAGGCCCUACAGUAUUCGGCAAAGGGACGCCGUGAGGCUGUCGCACUCUUGUUAGAUAGAGGAGCAUGGGUAGAUGCUCUUGAUCACUGGGAAUAUACUCCACUACAUUAUGCUGCCUUUGAAGCUGACACUGACACCAUCCUUCUCCUGUUGGACAGAGGGGCAGAUUUUCAUUCAGUGAAUCGUUUAAGUCAGUCUUUACUUCACAUAGCGGCAUUUCGUGGCCAUAAUGCUGCAGUCAAUAUGUGGUUAGAUCAUGGUUUGGACAUAAAUGCAAGGGACACCACAGGCCGCACAGGAAACAGUGAAGUUACUGUGUUCUUGCGGUGGUGGUUAUCUGGCUGCAAAGGGCAGACUUGA